AUGGCAGAAGUAGAGGAUGAAGAAAUCCGCCAAGCAGCUUUAGAAGGUAGACCAACCUCUGUUGUAAGAAUGUCUUUGCUUGAAGGUCAUGAUAGACGUCGAUACAAUCUUCCUUCCCAUGAGGAAGUUGCUAUUGUGUUUGUGGGAGAUGAUGGUGCUCCACCUGCAUCCAGGGAAAUUGUUAUAUACCCUCGAGAUCAGCCUUUAAGAACAAUUUCGUCUAUGUCUGCAAAUUUGGAUCCUUUGGUAUAUCCAAUAUUCUUCCCGAGAGGUGAUGCUGGAUGGCACAAUCAACUAGAGCACAACCCUGACCAUGCAACCCGUGUUAGAAACCAUGUUACUUUGUCUCAGUAUUAUAAUUAUAGGCUUGCUGUUAGACAAACUUUUAGUCCUAUAUUCUAUGGUAAGAAACUUUUUCAGCAAUAUGUUGUUGAUGCAUAUGUCAAAGUUAAGGGACAGCGCCUUGCUUUUAUUAGAAAUAACCAAAACAAACUUAGAAGUGAGCAAUAUGAUGCAUUGCAUGAACAUGUAAUUAAUCGUGCUAAUGAUCUUAAUGUAAGACUAGGCCGUGUUGUUAUAUUGCCUUCUUCAUAUGUUGGUAGUCCAAGAGCAUUAAAAGAAAACUUUGAAGAUGCGAUGGCAGUUAUAAAGAAAUAUGGUAAACCAGAUCUAUUCAUUACUUUUACCUGCAAUCCAAAAUGGAGAGAAAUAGUAGAAAAUUUAAACCCAGGCCAAACUGCUAAUGACAGACCUGAUUUAGUUUGUCGGGUAUUUAAAAUGAAACUUAAAUUUUUCUUAGAGGAUAUUUUUAAGCAUGGAGUCUUAGGCAAAGUUGUAAGUCAUGUGCAGGUUAUUGAGUAG